AUGUCACCGGCAGCGUCGUUUGCCAAACGAUGGGCCCACGAUAACCUGACCCGGGAGCCCACCCCGGACGAACUAACCGUUUUGGAAUUGUUCUCUAUUACUUGUGAAGGAGAUGAGGAAGAAGCAGCUAAAAGAGCGCGGCGAUACUACAAAGCUCGAGGACCAGGUGGAUUGACGGAACUGUGGCACAAAAGAUAUCCUGAUGACGAGGAUAUUCUGUCGAGUUGUCAAGAUGCAUACAUCGUUCCACUACGAGUCCGUAGUGUUGGUGGUCGCCGCAUGACGCUGGUCAGACUUCCAGCUCCCACAGCUUUAGACAGACCAUUAUCUGCCCGAGCGUUACUGGCGAGAUGGCUGAUGAUUUUAGAUAUAAGAUUACGGGAGGAUCCAACCCCGGGCGAAGAAGUUGUAUUCAUUGACGUAAGUGAUUUGCAACCAUCGCAUUUGAAGAACCAUUUCAGGGGCAACUACUGGAAGGAUUUUGUCUGGUGUAUGAGGACAGCAUAUCCACUGAGAUUCUCCGAAGUCCAUAUAAUUAACACGCAGCGUCUGAAAACUAUGUCCUUAUUACUUCUACACGUCGGCCUUUAUCCGUGGCGACGCAAGGUCGUGCAGUUACAUUCAAGCUCUGAAGAAAUUAACCAUAUAAUGGGCGUUGAUUACUUUCCACCGGAAGGCUUACCACAUGAAUACGGUGGAAAGGCUGGCGCUAUGAAAGAUCUGAAUGAUGAAUGGACAAAGAAACUGCUAUCAAACUCCUGCUGGCUUCAGUUAGAAGAACGUAAAUACUAUGAAACGGAGCUGACUCCGGAGGUACGCAUACGGACGCGACAUCGAAGUGCCGUACGAAACCUUCGCGGAGCCAUCGGUUCUUAUGACGUGAUCACGAGGACCCACUCCUGUAAAUCGCUAAAUAGGCAUGAUGAUAUCGACGAGGGAGCCCAUGGUGCUUAUAGAACUCUGAAAGUGACAUCUGACAGAAAUUUGUAUGUGUAA